CAGUUAGUUAUCAGGCAACAGCAAAGAGAUGGAUUCCAGUCUCCUCCAGGAAAUUGAGGAAAUUGAGAAUUUUUUCCAGCAUCUCUCUGAGCGACAUACAAAACAGGCAGAAACCCCAGAUGCACCAGAACCACAGAACUGUAUGCCUCUGACUGCCCAUGCUGAGGAGAGCCAACAUGAGUCAACCAGGAGCAAGACGAUGCCUCCCUUGAGGCCCACAAUGAUGACUUCUGCAUACACUAACAUCCCUGGGACAGUUCUCACCCAGGACUUAACAAUGCACCCUCUUAAAGCCCUUGAUAUGGCACUUGAAGACCUAAAUGAGACUUAUUCCAUGGGCCAGAAAGUGACUUCCUUUGAUCAGAUAAAACACACAGCAGGCUCCCAGAUGACAGAUGUUACAGACACCCCAAAGUCAUCACCCACUGAUUGCCAGAAGACAGCCAUCACUGCAAGCAACAUGACAAUCUCCAGUGAAAGUAACCAGCUGAACACUCCAAGUAGUGACCAGACCCUCAAUGAGAGUCAGAUACCAGCCCUGCAUGGAGAUCAGAUGAAGACCCUCAGUGAUAACCAGACUCUCUGUGGGGACCAGGUGACCUUCAGUAGUGACCAGACCCUCACUGAUGGUCAUACAGUGACUUCCAGUGGCGAUGAGGCUCUCUCUGGGGGCCAGAUGACAACCAGUCUAGACCUCUAUGGAGGGAAAAUGAUGACUUCCACUGAUAACCAGACUCUCUAUGGGGAGCAGGCGACAACCUCCACUGGUAACCAGACCCUCUACGCGGAGCAGAUGACGACCUCCACUAGUAACCAGACCCUCUACGCGGAGCAGAUGACGACCUCCACUAGUAACCAGACCCUCUACGCGGAGCAGAUGACGACCUCCACUAGUAACCAGACCCUCUACCGGGAGCAGAUGAUGACCUCCACUGGUAACCAGACCCUCUACGGGGAGCAGAUGACGACCUCCACUGGUAACCAGACCCUCUACGGGGAGCAGAUGAUGACCUCCACUAGUAACCAGACCCUCUACGGGGAGCAGAUGACAACCUCCACUGGUAACCAGACCCUCUACAGGGAGCAGAUGAUGACCUCCACUAGUAACCAGACCCUCUACGGGGAGCAGGCGACGACCUCCACUAGUAACCAGACCUUCUACGGGGAGCAGAUGACGACCUCCACUAGUAACCAGACCCUCUAUGGGGAGCAGAUGACGACAUCCACUGGUAACCAGACCCUCUACGGGGAGCAGAUGAUGACCUCCACUGGUAACCAGACCCUCUACGGGGAGCAGAUGAUGACCUCCACUAGUAACCAGACCCUCUAUGGGGAGCAGAUGACGACAUCCACUGGUAACCAGACCCUCUGUGGAGAGCAGAUGACGACCUCCACUGGUAACCAGGCCCUUUACGGGGGACAGAUGAUGACCUCCACUAGUAACCAGACCCUCUAUGGGGAGCAGGUGACGACCUCCACUAGUAACCAGACCCUCUGUGGGGAGCAGAUGACGACCUCCACUAGUAACCAGACCCUCUGUGGGGAGCAGAUGAUGACCUCCACUGGUAACCAGACCCUCUAUGGGGAGCAGGUGACGACCUCCACUGGUAACCAGACCCUCUGUGGGGAGCAGAUGAUGACCUCCACUAGUAACCAGACCCUCUGUGGGGAGCAGGUGACGACCACCACUGGUAAUCAGACCCUCUAUGGGGGGCAGAAUAUGACCUCCAUUGAUAACCAGGCUCUCUGUGGAGGCCAGAUGGCAACAUAUAGUGGCAACCCGACCCUCUAUGGGGACCAGAUGCUGACUCUUCAGGUGGGCAAUAUGACAAUGCUCACUAAUGACCACAGCCUUUAUGGGGGAUAUAUAUCCCAUCAGUUCUCAUCAUUGCCACACCCAGGAUUCCCAUGCUUUUCAAGUUCCCAUUUGAUUCAAGGACAAGUUCCAGAAAAGCAGAAGACACAGAGCUGCCAGUUCUGGAAGAAUCCUGAGGUUUCGAGGCCCUACAUCUGCACUUACGAGAACUGCAAGAAGUCUUAUAAAAAGGCUUGCCACCUCCGAACCCAUAUGCGCAAGCACACCGGGGAGAAGCCCUACAUAUGCGAUGUAGAGGGAUGUAUGUGGAAAUUCACCCGCUCAGAUGAGCUCAACAGACACAAGAAAAGGCACACAGGGGAACGGCCCUACCUGUGUUCAAUAUGCAACAAGAAUUUUGCAAGAUCUGAUCACCUAAAGCAGCAUGCAAAGGUCCACAACGUUCACCCAGGAUUAUGAACCCUUCAGUCCAUGAGGAAAUGUGUACAGCUAAAAGAUUCUCCCUACUGAGUUUGUUUCCCUUGAACAAGCUCCCCUAUUUCCCUAUGCCAGUAGCUAGUAGGUGCUUAAUAUUCAUAAGUUUUCUAAAACAUACAGAGAAAAUAGGUAUAUGGAUUUUCAUAUAAAAACUGGAUGACUUUCAACUUGAAACCGGAAGCACUCUUCAUUCAUUGCCCUCUCUCAGGGUAACUGCUUUUAUCAGCAUGCUGUGAAUCCUUCUAGAUCUUACUCUGCAUUUACCUGUAUGUGUACUUGUAAAAAUGUAUCUGUGUAGAUGAUUGAGAUUGAUAUGUAUAUAACUUAGAGGGUAAAGAAUAUGGAACUUUUUUUUUGUCUGUAGCUGAGUCUAUGUUUCUUUGGAGUUUCAUUCCUGUGUUGAAAAGGAGGGGAUGCUCAGUCACGUCCAGUGUAAAGUGGUCUCAGGUUAAAUGGACUUUGCUUAGAUGAGUACUUAGCCUAUUCAGAAGUUCAACCUGGGUCAGAUGUGGCUCACGCCUGUAAUCCCAGUACUUUGGGAGGCCAA